AUGCGUUGGAAAUUUUGUAUUAAACUUCGUAUAAACCGAAAAAAGUAUACACAACAGAUGUCUGUCCAACGGAAACCAGUCAAGGAGGAAGAAACUUAUCAUGAAAUUAACGAGUCUUUAAUGGACACAGAAGGAGACGAUAGCCGCAAUGAACAAGGACAUGUUGGCAAAUAUGAUGAGUUACAAAAAUCAAAUCAAGGCACCGGCGUACCAUAUGAUAAGAUCAAUACCCAAGCACAUUAUCAAGACAUAAGUGAUUCUCUAAUGGACUCGUCUUGCAAUUCUGAUUCAAGCUUAAGCAAUAAAUCAUAUUUAAAGCCAAAGACCAACGAAAAAUUUAGUUACAUAAAUGUUACGGAAUCCAGUACAGCAAAAAUUGGAAUGAUAAGUCAAAACAGUCCCGUCAACUCGACAAAUGAUAGAAGCAACGUGUCAUCUCAAUACCUUGACCCUAUCCAAAAUUUACAUAAUCUUGAAAUUGUAUUGCAAUGAAAUUGGUGUCAAUUAUGAUGCAUAUCUUGAUGUAACGCACGAUACAUUUGUUUAGAACAUUUGUGUUUCACGUUAUAUAUUUUCAGUUAUUAUAUUAAAAUAUAUAACGAAAAUAAAUGUAUUAUCAUUUUUGUGAAAUAUAUAACGACAUUAAUUUAUGAAUAAAACAUGUCAU